AUGUUAUUACAAAAAAAAACCUUUGCAAAUUUUGCUUUGUAGAACAUAUACAAGUUAUAAUGACACUAGAAGAGUCUGUGCAGCAUGUUGUCAUGGCUGCUAUUCAAGAGCUAAUGAGCAAGGAAAUAGUGGGCUUUGUUGCAAGUGACUUACCUGGUGAUUUGGAGCAACAGCUAAAAAGAGCCUUAGAAGAGCUUACUGAUGUACUAGCAGAAAAAGAAGAACUGAAGCAAAGAUGUCAAGAAUUAGACUUGCAGGUGGCUGCUCUGCAAGAGGAAAAGAGCAGUUUGAUGUCUGAAAAUGAGAUUAUGAAUGACAGAUUGGAUCAGUUGGAUGGCUCUCUUGAUGAUACAAAUACUGCAGUUGCAAAAAAGUAUUUCCAUGCACAGUUGCAACUAGAACAACUACAGGAAGAAAAUUUCAGGCUUGAAACCGCAAAAGAUGAUUAUCGUGUUCACUGUGAAGAGCUUGAGAAACAGCUGAUUGAGCUUCAACAUCGAAAUGAUGAACUGACAUCUCUAGCAGAAGAAUCUAGGGCCCUGAAAGAUGAAAUUGAUGUUCUUAGGAUGGUUGCUGACAAAGCAAAUAAGCUGGAAUCAACUGUUGAGGUGUAUCGUAAAAAACUGGAAGACCUCAGUGACUUUCGCAGACAGGUGAAAUCUCUUCAGGAAACAAACAUGAUGUAUAUGCAUAAUACAGUUAGCCUAGAAGAAGAGCUGAAGAAAGCAAAUGCAGCCCGUGCACAACUAGAAACAUACAAAAGGAAGGUUCAAGAUCUUCAUAACAAACUCUCGGAAGAAUCCAAAAGAGCUGAUACGCUUGCAUUUGAACUGAAGCGUCUAGAAGAGAAGCACGAAGCAUUAAUCAAAGAGAAAGAGAGAUUGAUAGUUCAGCGGGAUGCACUGAAAGAGACAAAUGAAGAGCUAAGAUGUUCACAAAUGCAACAAGAUCAUCUGAACCAAACAGACGUCUCUGUGGUGAGAAGUCACGAAAAUCUUGCUGCUGAAAUCCUUCCAGUGGAAUAUAGGGAAAUGUUUAUUCGGCUACAACAUGAAAACAAGAUGCUCCACUUACAACAAGAAGGGUCUGAAAAUGAACGAAUUGCAGAGCUUCAAGAGCAUCUAGAACAGAAACAUCGGACAAUAAAUGCAUUAGAAACAGAAAACAGGCUGAGCAAGGAGCGUGUUGGAGAGCUACAGCAGCAAAUUGAGGACCUCCAGAAGACAUUGCAGGAGCAAGAGUCCAGAACAGAAGGUGAAGGGUCUAGCAAAUUGAAGGCAAAGAUAGCAGCACAUAUGGAGAAGUUGAGUGAAGUCCAUGAUGAGCUGCAGAAGAAAGAGGCUCUUCUUGCAGACCUCCAGCCAGAUUUAAAACAAAAUGCACAAAAAAUUGAAGAACUGGAAGCUGCUUUAGAAAAAAAAGAUGAGGAUAUGAAAUCAAUGGAAGAGAGGUAUAAGAUGUACUUGGAAAAAGCAAGAAGUGUCAUAAAAACUUUAGAUCCCAAAUUAAACCCAGCAUCUGCUGAAAUCAUGUUGCUAAGAAAACAGUUGAUGGAGAAAGAUAAAAGAAUUGAAGCACUUGAGGGAGAAUGCAAAGUGGCCAAGCUGCAUGACCAUGAAGAAAAGUUAAUUGUGUCAGCAUGGUAUAACAAGAGCUUAGCAUUUCAUAAACUUGGUAUGGAAUCCAGACUCAUAAGUGGGAGCACUGCCUACAAAGACACUACUUCCUGCCUGUCGGCUCGCUCUUUCCUUGCUCAGCAACGGCAUGUCACCAAUACGAGGAGGAAUCUUUCCGUAAAAGUACCUCCUGCAACAUCAGAUUAAACCACCAAGGAUAUUCGUGCACUAAAGUGUCCUUAACUUAUUUUUGUUUUAAACUACUUGACAAUGAAUGAGAUGGUGAUGCUGGGCAUCUGCUAUUUUAAAGAAGAGACCUUCUGCUGUCAAAUGAAAUUUGACCAGCUGAUUAUAAGAAGCAAUGUGUGUCUAACCAUUUUUUCUAUGUUUAAAAAGUCUGGAGUUAUGUGCUGAUAAAGGGUAUUCCUAAAAGGUUUAUAUUUGUCUUUAUAUAUAGGAAUACCAAAAUUGGCAACAUAUUAAAAAUGCUAAUUAAUGUUUUCAGUCAAGGAUGAUUACUUAUUUUAAUGGGAGUAAAUUUUAUUAAUGGGGUGUCUGAAAAGAAAAGUAUUUUUUUCACAAUUUCAUUCUACUAUUUUUUUUAAAAAACAAGAAUAACCAAACAUCAAAAUGCAUACUUGUCAUGCAGCAUGCAGAGAUUUUUUUAAAAAAUAAAAACUUCUAAGCAAAAUAUAACCAAAAUAAAUCACUGAUUCCAGACUUGAUUCCUGACACUGAAGCCUGUUCAAACCCUGUUGAGCCCUGACUCAACUGGUAGAUAAAGUAAAGUCAUUUUAUGUAGAUAAAGUAAAGAUCUUUCCCUUUUUAAAGAGGUGAGAUCAGCACAGCCCAGAUUGUCAGUGUAUUUAAAAUGAAUUAGCAGUCUUUUUAAAAAAAUAAUCCUUUUGCUAUAAAUUAUAGCACAAGUUGCAAAGCUAAUCUUAACUAAGAUUUUCUUGAUAUUAGUUCAGGCCUUGGCUGCAGGAUUUCUGAGUGGCACUGUGGGUUUCUGACUCUUUGUUGUUCUGCUGCUUGAUCAGGAAGGGAUUUAAUACAUUGGGCUGUUUCCCAGUUAAGUGAAAGCUCUGGGCACAUACACAAUAGGCACAUGUUGCUUCUGAGAGCAGUGCUGAUGUCUCAGAAACUAUGGGCCUGGCCCCUGGAUCUUACUGUAUGGUGACCAGGGACUGGAAUAUGCCAUGUUAGAAACUUGAUGAUGUGAAUAUACUUAACAUUGCAUAGUCAAUGUUUCUCUGUAUAUGUGUGUGUGUGUGGCUGCAAUACUUUCAGAUUAAUAACUUUUUUACUAUAGAUGCCAUGGAAUUCGUAAUCUAGAAAUGCUCAUUGUUGAUUCUAAAGCAUUCUAAAAUCCUUCUUUAAUUUGAAAUAUUGAUACUUUAUAUAAUUAAAAGUGAUAGAGAGUUUGCACUCUGUCUACCUUGUCCUAGUAGUGGGCAGUUCUGCACAAAAGCUUGUUCACCAAUAAACAAGUUUGUUUUUUAAGAUUCUACAGCACUCUUUAAAAUUAAGCACAGAAUGCAGGUAUAUAUGGCACAGUAAUCCCAGAUGCAAAAGCACAUGUGAGUGCAUGUUGACCAAGGGAAAUGUAUGUUUGUUUUCAAGGUGAACUUUGAACAUAAAAAAAAACUCACUCCAAAAGUAACUACAGUACAUGUAGUGGGCCAUGGGUUUGUAAAUGCAGUGUUCAAGUAAUGUCAAAAUUCACAUAAUUGGUAAACCUCAGAUAAUAUGACUUCUGUAAUCUGAGUUGUGGGGUUUGCUUUGGUUUUUGGCAGGUCACAAAAACCUGAUGUUUAUAAUUUGGAGCUACAGUUCAGAUUUUGCAUUUUAUUAAAACCAACUUAAAAUAUGUGGCGUUUUAAGUGCAGUAUUACAUGCUGCUGUGUUUAUAGUACAUGUCUAACUACUAUAUACAGUUGUCUGCAAUUCGAGAAACUUUAGUCAAAAAAUCAACCCAAAGAAUCUGACUUAUCCAUGGGUCAGUGUAAGUACUGUACUUUAACCCUUACCGAAAUAAGGAGCCAUCUCCUUCUCUAAGUAGAAUGGUGAAAGGUAAGAGCUAAUCUGUCCCAGGAGCACCUAUCAGAAGCACUGACCGCCUCUACUCUCUCUGCCACAUCAUUUUUUCUGGCUUUUUUGAAUGCCUGAGCAGGAAAAUGGCAGUGGCAGCUCUUUGGUGCUUCCCUUCAAAGAAGUAGCAAGAGAGUAGAGGGUGUAAGUGCUGCUUUCACGUUGUCCCAGGACAGACUAAGCUCUGGCCUUUUGCCACUCUACUCAGAGAAAGGGAUUCCAGUGUUGUUACUCCAGUGAUGAGGAAUUAGGAUGUGAAGAAUUUGAAGGAUUAGACAUUUGUAUAUGUUUUUUCAGCUUUUCUGGAUUAAAAUCAGGCAAAGUUAUCACAUGAAAAUAAAAUGCUGCAAUCGCUGCGAAUGA